AUGUUCGAGUAUCACGAUGCUCCUAUAGGAGGACAUCGUGGCCGGGAGAAAACAUAUCUCACGGUGAGUCGAGACUUUUACUGGCCCCGCCAGUAUCAGCUUGUGCGAAACCUCUACCCGUUCCGGCAGAGUGCUGGGAAUCCAUCUCAAUGGAAUUUGUCUUCGGGUAACCCAAAGACGCACGCGGGAAUACGGGCAUUCUCGUAUUUGUUGACGGAUUCAGCAAAAUGGUACACCUUGUGGCUGUACCAGAGUCAAUCACGGCAAGUGGCUGUGCUUGUGUCUUUAUCGACACCAUCUUCCGACUUCACGGGUUACCCCGUGUACUCGUAUCAGACAGAGAUCCACGCUUCACUGCUGAUUUCUGGUGUUCCGUGUUCAAAUCACUCGAACGCGCUUGAAGAUGUCGACAUCUGA